AUGAGUAUCCGAGCACCAAGGAAGGGCGAGAAUUAUGAGCUCAGUGUCGAUCUCAACAGCGAAUACCGCGAUAAACGAAAAGAUGCCAUUAAACGGGUCAUAGCGUCCAUGACAGUCGGGAAGGAUGUCAGCGGUCUCUUUCCCGACGUGCUCAAGAACAUGCAGACCGAAGACCUGGAACAGAAGAAACUCGUGUAUUUGUACCUCAUGAAUUAUGCAAAGACGCAACCUGAGCUCGUCAUUCUGGCCGUGAACACCUUCGUCAAGGACUCGGAAGACCCUAAUCCGCUCGUCCGAGCACUCGCGAUACGUACAAUGGGGUGUUUGCGCGCCGAGAGGAUCAUUGAUUAUCUAUGUGACCCAUUGAAUCGCGCACUGAGGGACGAGAAUCCCUAUGUCCGGAAGACUGCUGCUCUAUGCGUCGCCAAGCUAUAUGAUCUGAAAUCCUCGCUUGUCAUCGACAACGGGUUCUUGUCUCGUCUGCACGAGAUGAUUGCAGACAGCAAUCCCAUGGUCGUCGCGAAUACCGUCGCAGCGCUUACAGACAUCCACAAAAUCGCGUCCACAGCCCACCCGCCUGUACCCUCAUCCGACCCCGCCAUCUUCAACAUCACUCCACACAUCCUGAACAAAAUUCUGAUUGCGCUGAACGAAUGCACGGAGUGGGGUCGUGUUGCUGUCUUGAAUGCUCUUUCGCGAUACACAACCCAAGAUGAGAAAGAGAGUGAGCACAUAUGUGAGCGUGUCGUUCCCCAGUUCCAGCAUGCCAAUGGGAGUGUGGUCUUGGCCGCCGUCAAGGUUAUUAUGAUUCACAUGCGAGGUAUCCGUCGGGAAGAUUUCACCAAACAGCUCGUUCGAAAGAUGGCACCCCCACUCGUCACUUUACUUUCUUCUCCUCCGGAAGUGCAAUGGGUCGCAUUGAGGAACGUCAACCUUCUCCUUCAGAAGCGGCCCGACUUACUUUCCAACGAGAUGCGUGUGUUCUUUUGUAAAUAUAACGAUCCAUUAUACGUCAAGGUGGAGAAGUUGGAUAUUAUGGUCCGCCUUGCAAAUGAUAACAAUGUCGACGCGUUGUUGAGUGAAUUGAAAGAGUAUGCUUCAGAAGUCGAUGUUGAUUUCGUGCGAAAAAGUAUCAAAGCAAUAGGACAAACCGCGAUAAGUAUCGAAAGUUCCGCAGAGCGCUGUGUUAAUGUACUUCUGGACCUGAUCGGAACGCGGGUUAGUUACGUGGUUCAAGAAGCAGUCGUCGUGAUGAAGGAUAUCUUCCGGAAAUAUCCUUCUACAUACGAAGGCGUAAUACCUACUCUAUGCGCCAAUCUAGAAGAACUCGACGAGCCAGAAGCAAAAGCUUCGCUUAUCUGGAUUAUAGGUGAAUAUGCAGAAAAGAUCGACAACGCCGACGAGCUUCUAGGUACAUUCGUCGACACCUUCACAGAAGAAUCAUACCAAGUGCAACUACAGACUUUGACGGCGGUGGUCAAACUGUUCCUCAAAAAGCCUGACUCGUCACAAGGAAUUGUACAGCGCGUGCUGGACACUGCCACGAAGGACUGCGACUCGCCGGAUGUACGUGAUCGGGCUUACAUUUACUGGAGGUUGCUCUCUACAGAUCCUGGAGCCGCAAAGGCAUGCAACCAACCACCAAUUUCUAUUCCACGCACCACGGUAUCCCCAGCUCUCCUUGAGGAGCUUCUUGGCGAGAUAUCCUCGUUGGCAAGUGUAUAUCACAAACCGGCGGAAACAUUCAUAGGUCAUGGGCGAAUCGGCGCAGACGCUGUUCAGCGCAAAGGGACAGAAUUGUCAGAUGAUCACGCUUUCGCUCAGAAAGCUUUCAGAACCGUCGUGGCUGGCCAACAAGCGGAGAACCUUCUCGAUUUUGACGAGGCACCAGCUCAAGAAGAACCUUCUGGGCUUGCUGCGACAAGGAUUCUGCCUUCUACACCUGCCACGGCGAGUUUCCUCUCAGGGACGUCUGCGAAUCCGUUGGAUGAUCUCGUAUCGAUAUUUGGAGGAAUGAGCGCCAGCAGUGCCCAUGCAGGUGCGGGUGCAAAUAGACCUGGUUUUGAUGGUGUUAGUAUUGGGGAGGGAGUGCUGGGUGGGUUGGGUGGCACAACGUCACCUCCACCCGGCGGUGCCAGUUUUGGUCCAGGUGUUGAUGCCCUCGGAUCACCUAAUGCAGGUCACGGGCCUCAAGAGGACUUACUAGGCCUGUUCUGA